AUGUUCCGUCUCGCUGCUCGCAACUUCGCCGCCCGCAACGUCAACGUCGCCACCCGCUCGGUUGUGGCCCCCCGUCUUGCGUUCGCGGCGCGCAGCCAGUUCGUUCCUCGUGCAGCAUAUUCUGCUGCCGCAGGUCUCUCAAAAGAGGAUAUCACGACGCGUGUGCUUGACGUGUUGAAGAGCUUUGAAAAGGUCGACCGGUCAAAGCUCUCGACAACAGCCGCAUUCUCGGAGGACCUCGGGCUUGACAGUCUGGAUGCUGUGGAGGUUGUGAUGGCUGUAGAAGAGGAGUUCGCCAUCGAAAUUCCCGACAAGGAAGCGGAUGAGAUCAAGACCGUGCAGCAGGCUAUCGACUAUAUUGCCAAGACACCGGAGGGUAAGUGCCGUUCCGUUUCAGGCAAUCUUUACGAUUUGCUAAGUCUUGUUCCAGCGCACUAG